AUGAGCGUAUUUAACACUAUCGUGAACCCAACACUGGGAGUUCUCGAGAUAGCAGGUGCUGCAUCAGGUGUUCCGUACGUCCAGGGGGCUGGGAUGGCACUCCAAGCCAUCAACACCGCUUGCAACCAAGUGGCCAUCCACAAGCGCAAGUCUGCCCAACUUGCUGACAGAUGCACCUCGUUGCUGAACUUGAUCAGUGAUCACGCAGUUGGACCCGCUAGCGAUGAGAUGCGAUCAUCCUUAGAAGACGCUGAAUUUGUUCUGUAUGCUGUACGAGACCGCAUACAAAAGUGGUCACGAUAUAGCAAAGUGAAAAGUUUCUUCAAGAGCUCUCAGAUAGAAAACGACUUGGAUAGGUGCCAGAACGAUGUGAACGCAGCUAUGGAACGUCUGCACGUCAAAAAUCCCCUAUCUGUCCUGAUCAUGCAGAAACAAUCUAUGGACCUCAUGAAAAUGAAUCAAGAUCGCAUCGAGGAAAAGCUGGCACAGCUGAUGAUAUCCCCACAACAGAUAUUGGACGCAGUCCAACGGCACAAUGCUGGCGGUCGGGAUGCCCUUGAUCUCAUGAGAACCGGUCAGGAGGCAAGUUCUGCGCUUGAUACAACUAUGCUUACAGUUACCGCCCUCACAAAAAUCCCUCCGACACUCAAAGUCUUGAACAAUCAGGUCAAAAAGGUCAGCGGAUCCACUCCGAUAUGCUCUGGAACGUACAGCGACAUCUGGCAAGGAGAAAUGUUAGGAGAGAAGGUCGCACUCAAAACCUUGCGCAAUAUCACCGACCGUACGAAAGCCAGAAGAAUGACCAAGCGCUAUGAGCACGAAAUGAAUGUGUGGGAAAAGCUUAAACACGACAACAUUCUGACAAUUUACGGUGUCAUCACCAACUUGGGACCUCUUCACAUUGUGUCGACGUGGCAAGAAAAUGGCAAUGCACUAGAAUAUCGCAUCAAGAACCCUGACAUCAACCCCCUUACUUUGGCAACAAGAGGCAUCGAGUAUCUUCAUGGAUGCAACAUUGUACAUGGAAAUCUGAAAUGUAAUAAUAUGCUGGUCUCCUCCGAAGGUGUAGUAUGCAUUGGUGACUUUGGGCAUACUCAGGUCCUAGACGAAGUGCUCGGGAGGGAGGAAUUCACCGCUUAUACUGGGUCCUCCAACGUGCGUUGGAAUGCUCCGGAACUCCUGGGUGGCGAUGAUGUCAAGCCCACCAAAGCCAGCGACGUUUUCGCGUUCGGAAUGUCUAUCCUGGAGCUUGUAACCAAGCAGGCACCCUAUUCGCAUAGAAAACGUGAUCUCACUGUUAUCAUGGACAUCAACGACAGACAUUUACCUCUUCGUCCAACCGAGCCGGAAGAUGUCUCGCGGUGGAUGCAUAAUGAACUAUGGGAAGUUUUGAAUAGAUGUUGGUGUUUCUUGCCUCAGGAGCGGAUGGAUCUUGGAGAAGUCACAAUCUGUCUUGAGGGUCUCGCCAAGUACCUUGGGAAUCAUCCAAAUUGGCAGACGGAAGAGGCUAAUGUUGACAUUGUUCAAUGA